GUCUGACACCACGUGGGUCUCAUCUGCUUUCAUUGGUUGAAUAGGGGGGCAGGGUGGAGCGUCCUCUGGGGGCGGAGUCCGGAAGUUGCUACAUUGACCGGCUGCUGUCAGAAUGGCGAACAGGAACGCGGGCACCGAGCUCGAUCUUGGCUGGAUCUCCAAAGUGCGGGUCAACCUUCCUGCGGUCCUGAGACGGGCAGAACAGAUCCAAACGCGUCGGACGGUUAAAAAGGACUGGCAGGCUGCGUGGCUGCUGCGAGCCGUGACCUGCAUCGACCUCACCACUCUCUCCGGUGAUGACACGCCAUCCAAUAUCCAUCGGCUCUGCUUUAAAGCCAAACAUCCGAUCAGAGGCGACCUCCUGAAGACGCUAAAGAUGGAGGAUCUAGACGUGACCACCGGAGCAGUGUGUGUGUAUCCGGCACGCGUGCGCGACACGGUGAAAGCCCUUAAAGAUGUUGGAUGCAACAUCCAUGUGGCUUCAGUGGCCACGGGAUUCCCUGCCGGACAGACUCCACUCAGGACUCGCUUAGAAGAGAUUAAAAUGGCCGUAGAGGACGGUGCGUCGGAGAUCGACGUUGUGAUUAACAGAACGUUGGCUCUGACCGGUCAGUGGGAAGAGCUUUAUAAAGAGAUCUGUUUGUGUCGAGAAGCUUGUGGAGAAGCUCAUAUGAAGACCAUCCUGGGUACGGGGGAGCUCGGCUCUCUCACCAAUGUCUACAAAGCUAGUCUGGUGGCCAUGAUGGCAGGUUCUGAUUUUAUAAAGACUUCAACAGGAAAGGAGUCCGUUAAUGCCACGUAUCCGGUAGCGCUGGUGAUGGUGCGAGCGAUCCGGGACUUCUACUGGAAAACCGGAAUAAAGGUGGGCUUUAAACCGGCUGGGGGGAUCCGCAGUGCCAAGGAAGCUCUGGUCUGGCUCUCGCUCAUGAAGGAGGAAUUGGGGGAUGAAUGGCUGAAGCCCGAGCUCUUCCGGCUGGGGGCCAGUUCUCUGCUGGGGGACAUCGAGAGGCAGAUUUAUCACCACGUGACUGGCAGAUACGCCGCCUAUCACGAUCUGCCGAUGGCCUGAUCCCGGAUCCCGACAUCGAACCCGCCGAUCGAGAACGAGAGGGUCCUGCGGAGCUCUCUGCAUUCAUCCCACAGUAUAAGGAAUGCAGCCCGGAAUGUGCAUGCCCCAGCCGGGGAGGAAUAAAGACCCCUGAGUAAAGGACUCGUCAUGGCAGGUGAAGGUGAUUGGCUUUCUAAACGGGAUUAGACUGCGAGCUUGUUAGACAAUAAAAGCUGAAAUAACUUU